AUCACCGACACAAUAAUUUCACGGUCAGUUACCAAGCAACCAUCAAGAUGGUGAGGCUUACGAAGGAACAAGUGCAGUUCUAUAAAGACAAUGGAUACAUCCAUUUGAAGAAACUCAUCAAGGGCAAGGAACUGGAGAGAAUCUCUGAAGAGUAUGACAACUUAUUCAAAUUGAAGCAAGAUAAUAAAAUUGAUGCUGCGUGGGUUGGAACUGAUGAAGAUAGAAGUGGAAGUGAACUUACAGUGAAAGCUAUCCACAACCUGCAGAUGCAUCAUGAGGUUUUCGGUAAAUAUUUGUACAACGAAGAUCUCUUGGAUGCCUUGGAAGAUGUUAUGGACACAAAGAACAUAAUCUUGCACCACACGAAGGCUAACAACAAGCCCCCAGAAAAGGGUGCUAACUACCCAAUGCAUCAAGAUUACCACUACUUCCCUUAUGAGAAGGACUCGGUAGUUGCUGCAGCUAUGUUCCUGGACACUGCCACUCCCCACAACGGAACUUUAUUCGUGUACCCUGGAUCACACAAAUUGGGACCCCUAGAAGAUUUUGGCCCUAAAGAAGGAAGCAAUUUCCACUAUGUUGAUCAGAAAAAGUUCUCGAUCGAGGGCGCGACUCCCCUCAACGUGGAACCCGGUGACGUCGUCAUCUUCUCCUACUUCACAGUGCACGGCAGCACACCCAACCUGUCCAACAAGACCCGCCGUAUGAUGCUCAUGCAAGUAACGGACGCAGACGACAGGCCCCUCACAGGGGUACCCACUUGGCCCGGCGCGGGAUGGGUGCUUCGCGGGGCUAAUAGAGGCCGCGAUGCCUCGAUAGCUAAACGAUAUGAGGCGUAAUUUGUUUGUGUCCUUGGUGUGACGUUAGUGUAUAAUUUAUUGUAUUUUUUUAAUAAAUAGAUGCUGUGAUUA